AUGGCCAACCCAAUGGAUACCGAUGCUGGAUCUGAGCUGUUCAGCAACUACGAGGCCGAACUCAAGCUCGUCCAAGCCGAUCUGAACCAGAAACUGGAACAGCUCGCCGAACUAUCCGGAGAAGAGCGCAAGGCUGCCAUCAGUCGCGCACAACACUCACUUGAAGAGGCCACCGAGAUCUUGGAUUCGAUGCGGCUGGAGAAAGAGAACUUGCCCUCAAACCAAAAGACAAAGACGAACCAACGCUUCCGCAACUACACCCACGACAUCGAUAUGGCCAAACAGAAACUGAAGGGCCUGUCGAGCGACAAGUCUGCCCUUUUCGGAAGACGCUACACCGAUAAUCCCACCGGUGACGAUCAGCUUGAGCAAAGACAGCAACUUCUGUCCGGUACCGAUAGACUCGAACGCUCAAGUGGCCGCCUACGUGAGAGUCAGAGAAUCGCUCUGGAAACUGAAAACAUUGGAAGCAAUACUCUUGCGGACUUGGCCAGACAAAGAGAAGUCAUUGAGCACUCUCGCGAUGUCCUCAUCGAGGGUGAAGGCUACACCGACAGAAGCAAUAAGACGCUGAAGCAGAUGGCUCGUAGAAUGGCUACGAAUAAGAUAAUCACUAUCGCCAUUAUUACUGUGCUGGUUCUUCUGAUUCUCGCUGUCAUUAUCAGCAAGUUCAGAUAG